CAAGUCAGCAAUCAUUUCAAGAGGCUAUUAGGUAGCAUUGCCCAUGUCUUUUGUUGACAAAACUCUUCAAGUCACACCCUUCCAUCAUGAAUAUCAAUCAAACUGAAUUCACAAACCUCACUUGGAAUCUUCAUGUGUCCAUGGAAGACCAAUUUCUUCAUCAUGACCGGCUUCCUUUUGUCUCAAUUUUCCCUAGCUACCCUCUCCAACUACAACAAACACCAAUCCCAGCUCCAAACCAAGUAUCACUCCCAACUUUUCUUAGUCAUGGCCAAAUAGGAAACAGCACAGAUGAAGCGGAUCAGGAUGAGCCAGAAGAAGAACUAGGAGCAAUGAAAGAAAUGAUGUAUAGAAUUGCGGCGAUGCAGCCUGUGGACAUAGAUCCGGCCACGAUUCACAAACCUAAAAGGAAAAACGUUAGGAUUAGCGAUGACCCUCAGAGCGUGGCAGCACGUCUCAGACGAGAAAGGAUAAGUGAAAAGAUCAGAAUUCUUCAACGGCUUGUUCCCGGGGGAAGAAAAAUGGACACUGCUUCAAUGCUAGAUGAAGCUAUCCGUUACGUCAAGUUCUUGAAACGGCAAAUCCGCUCACUCCAACCUAAUCAUCAGCACCAACCAUGCAACACUAAUGGAGAUUGGCAAGUUCCAUACAACGACAAACCUCUCAAUUCCACCACCACCACCUCAUCCUUCCUCGAACCUCGAGCUGCACGCCAUGGAUACAUUCUCGGUGAUACUGGGGACAAUCCCUUGUGCUUUAAUCACGAGGUAAUAAGUGAUCAGGGCUAAAGUGAGAAGUGAUUAGCGUGUUAAUCAGUCGUGAUUAUUAAUGAACUAGUAGUAAUUAAUGUGUGUGUAUGCAUAAGCUAGGUACCAUGUGAAGGAAAAAGUUGUUAGGAUAUGGUUGACUAAAGGGUAUAUAUGGUCUGUGGAAUAAUCAUAACGGUUAGCUUGAGAUGCGUAGCGCCAUAUAUCCAUCUAUAAUAUACAAUAAAGCUUUUGGAGUUUGUAGGGCUCGCCGGAAAGUUUGUUUGGCCGACGCCCUUCCUAGACUAAACAGUGACAUAUGUAUGUACGUCUUUUGAAUACUAUUCUCUCUAUCGGUCUGUGUGCACAAGAAUGAACAUGCACGUGGGGUGGUCACAUAAUCAUACAUGUUCAUACUCAUCUGACAAUUUUAUGGGUGCAAAUGAAGGUAUGUGGGCAUAUUAUUUGUGUAUUUUUAUAUUUUGGGAUAUGUUUACACAUAUAUGAACACAUUAUUUGAUCGAUAUACUAAUUGAGUUUUCCCCGGCU